AUGCCGUCAACUGGAGCAGAAUUGCUGAAAGUCAACGACACGUGUCAAUCAAACAGGUGGUGGAAGACGAAACAGGAUAAGAAACACUCAACAAUCAAAAAAGUGAAGACACUGAAGACGUCAUGGGACAAAAAAAUGGAGGUGAAAGCGAAGAAAGAGAUGGUAAAAGCGAUUCAAGACAACAUUCGUGACCGAAAAGUACAGGAGAGACAGGAGAAGAAGGAGAGAAAAGAGGAACAGGAGAAAAGACGAUUGGAGAAUGAGAGAAAAUCCGAAAUUGUGCAGAAAAUCACCAAGAUCCACAAGCUGAAAAAGACAAAGAAACGUCAACUCCGCUCGAUUCAAAUGCGUGACACCACUCAAGUCUCCAAAUGA